AUGAGAUGGCGUCGCUUGUGCCCCGGACUCCGUACACCGUCCGUUCUCAGUACUCCAUACUCGAUACUUUGCAAAGAGUUAUACCGUCCUAUUGAGUUUGCGGUUGGUUUACAAGGUAUGCAAUGCCUUGCGUACGUACCGGAUGCAACUGGCAGCAAGGGUGCCAAGUGCAUACCGAAUAAAAGUCCGCAUGGUCAUGGCCUUUCAAUGGAAUAG